AACGGUAGUCGAACUAUCGAGCUGUAAGAAGGUACAUGGCUGACUAAGCUACAAACGGGGUCUGCACGUAUCGUGACGUGCCGUGACGUAUGGACGAACGAACUUACUCAUACGACCCGGUGCCCGGCGCGCCAGUGUGCAACCGACCAACCAUGGAGAAAGGACAACUGUGGCGGCAAUACGUCAUCGCCGGCGUCGCAAACAUAGCGAUCGCCUCAACGGGUUACUCCAUGGGAUGGACGUCUCCCGUCAACAUCAAGCUAAAAGAUGCCAAUCUGACGGACUCCCCGCUGCCCGCCCCCAUCACCUCUAACGAAGAAGCAUGGAUCGGUUCCAUCCUCACACUUGGAGCUAUAUUAGGCCCAUUCAUCGGAGGUCCCUUAGCAGCUCGCGUCGGUCGCAAAUGGAGUCUGAUUGCCUCGUCCAUCCCUCUAUUCGCUGGUUGGAUCCUGAUAGCGGCUGCCAGUUCUGUGGCUUUCCUCUACGCUGGCCGUUUCAUGUGGGGCGUCGGUGUCGGCAUGCUGUUCACCGUGUCGCCCAUGUACUGCGCUGAAAUUGCCACGAAUGACAGCAGAGGCGCCCUCGGCUCGUUCCUUCAAGCGUUCAUCACACUCGGGUUCCUGCUGGUCUAUGGAAUAGGCCCCUUCAUCUCCUACAGAGCCGUGGCGUACGUCGGUGUUGCCUUCGUGGCCGCCUUCGAUUUACUAUUCUUCUUCAUGCCAGAGACGCCCAUCUACUAUCUUACAAAGAACGACCGGGAAGCUGCCGCCAACUGCCUGAUGACGAUCCGGGGCCAGUCCCGCUCAGGAGUGGAGGCUGAACUCGACCUCAUGGCCAGCGACGUGGCCGCUUCUAUGGCCAAGACGGCUACGAUCGCCGACGUGUUCCGAGGCAGCAACUUCAAGGCGUUCUACAUCUCGUGCGCGCUGGUGUUCUUCCAGCAGUUCUGCGGCAUCAACGCAGUUCUCUUCUACAUGACCAACAUCUUCGAGGCCGCUGGCUCUGGCCUGGACUCUUCUAUUGCCACCAUCAUUAUUGGAGCGGUGCAGGUGGGCGCGUCGUGCGUGACGCCGUUUGUAGUGGACCGGCUGGGGCGACGCAUGCUGCUCCUAUUCUCAGCCUGCGGGACCACCAUUGGCCUGGUCCUCCUCGGCAUGUUCUUCCUCCUGGACACGCUGGGGAGCCCCGUGGUCGCCAGCAUCGGGUUCCUGCCCAUCCUGUCGCUGGUGGUGUUCAUCGUGACGUACUGCGUGGGCCUGGGCCCGCUGCCGUGGGCGGUGAUGGGCGAGCUGUUCCCCAUCGAAGUGAAGGCGCAGGCCGCGCCCAUCGCCACCGCUUUCUGCUGGACUCUGUCCUUCUUGGUCACCAGGUACUUCGGCCCGAUCUCGGAUGUGCUGGGGAUGUACGUGGCCUUCUGGAUCUUCGGCGUGUGCUGCAUCGUAGCCUUCUUCUUCACGCUGUUCCUGGUGCCGGAGACCAAGGGGAAGAGCUUCGCCGAGAUACAGGAGAUGCUCUCGGGAAAGUAA